UGUUGUGAAGUAGACAGCAGUAAAGAGAAAAUGGAAAGUCAAUAUGAAGCAAACAUGUCCAUGGAAACUCAAGGUAUCUUUGAUGGAGAGGUGCUGGUUACAUCCAGUUUGAGCGCUGUACUUGCUAUUAUGUUUGUCUUGGGUUCGUCUGGAAACAUUUAUGUACUUGCGAUAACUGUCUUGUCACCCAGGCCAGCAGGUUCCCUGUGCAUCAAUGUCAUAAACCUUGCUUUGGCUGAUCUACUUUACCUUUCAACUAUUCCUUUUGUUGUAAGCACCUACUUGGACCGAAACUGGUACUUUGGAGAUAUAGGAUGCAGAGUUCUAUUAAGCAUGGACUUAUUCACCAUGCACGCUAGCAUCUACACCCUCACUGCAAUGAGUCUACAAAGAUAUCAGGUAAUUGUGCGACCUUUCAGUUCACAUAUUACCCAGUCCCACCAAAAGGUACUAAGUCUGGCAAUCUGGCUUGCAUCAUUUUUUCUCACUUUACCAAUGAUGUGUAUGAUACAGCUACAGGACAGCCAUUAUGGAUCUGGCAAAAAGAUUUGCUUUCCCACUUGGACACAAGAUUCAUUUAGAAACUAUUUAACUGUCCUUUUCUGCACCAGCAUACUAGGCCCUGGGAUAAUAUUGGUAUAUAUCUAUAGUUGCCUAGCUAGAGCAUAUUGGACACCUGGUCUAAAAGUACAUCAGUCAAGGCGAAAACAAAAGCAUUGUGUUGGGUUGCGUAUAUUCACAAUAAUUAUUCUAUACUGGACUUGUUUUGUACCUUUUUGGGCAUGGCAGCUAGCCAAAUAUUAUCAGAGAGAACUUUCAGCACUCGGUCCUUCAGCUCAAAUUUAUCUAAACUUUGGAGUUACCUGCCUAACCUAUGCCAAUAGCUGUGUAAAUCCUCUACUUUAUACUUUACUAACUCGCAACUAUUGGGAAUAUUUAGCUGGCCGGAGCAGGAAGUCCAGCGGUAAAGGGAUGCAGAAGAAAAAUCUGGAGAUGUGAUUG